CUCUGCCCCAGGAGCCCAGGGCUGGGCCCCCAUGCCCUAUGAACCCCCAGGAGCCCAGGGCUGGGCCCCUGCACCCCACAAAUGUCUGUAGCCCCCUGCUCAGCCCUGUGGGAGCCAAGGGCUGCACCUCUACAUCCCCUGGACACCUGCAGCUCCCUGUCCGGAGCCCUGAGCCCAGGGAUGGGCCCCCACACCAGGCAGGUUUCUGCAGCUCCCCCACCAGCAGCUCCGUGGGCUCCACAGCCUCCAGCCCAGCUGGAGCAGGACGUGGAGCUCCCGUUCCUGGUGCUGGAAGCCCCCCAACCCUGGCAGCGGGGUCUGCACCCCCGCACCACUUUGCCUUAUCCCGGUCGGAGUUUGCCACCUCCGCCUUCCAUCUGUGCGCGAAGGACUUGGCCAGCCCGGCCCCACCCCGUGGUGGGACAGACUGACAGUCUGGGCCCUCAGCCUUCCCCUCACUGGUCUGUCAGCUCCCUGGGCCUGGACAUGCCCGUGCAGCCCCCCGCCGUGGGCUCAGGGUGCCCCCAUCCCAAUCCAUGACUCUUCCCACAGACUGAGCCCGGGUGUGACCCACGGGACAUUCGUGGGGUGCAGAGGGGCUGAAUCCCCCCCUUCUUCUGGCAAAUCUCUGCACCCCCUCCCCAGUGACCCCCUAAGUGGGGGUUCCCCCCUCCAGGACCAUCCAGCCCGACUCCAGCCUCUGUUGAUGAUGAUGAUGGAGGGGAUGAAGGGUAUGGCGGGGGGAGGGUAACAACGAUGACCUUGACCCUGAACUCGACCUUGCCCCCCGCGAUGCUGCAGCCCCUCACCCCACUUUUGGGGGACAGGCUUCUGCGGGCUCCCCCUCUCCGCUGCUACCGGGAGGAGUCGGACACCCGGUACCGGCGGGAUUGGCUGCGGUUCCGUGACGCGGAGGGGUGGAACCGCAUUACCACCGGGAUGAGCGCGGCCGAGGGCCGGCCCCGGUGCCGCUGGGGCGGCGGCGAGGCGGUGCUCCGUGCCCGUGCCGAGGCCGCCGGUUACCGGAGGCUGCUGCGAGCCCGAGCCGCCGAGGUGGAGGCGUUGCGAGGGGCGGUGGGCGCGUUACACCGGCAGCUGGAGGGGCUGCGGGACCGGCGGAGCGGGGAGCUGGCCAAGUACCAGGAGCGGGUGGCGGAGCUGGAGCGGGAGAUCGGGGCGGCGGAGGCGGAGAUGGCCCGGUGCCUGCGGGAGUACCCGGCACUGCUGCGGCUGCGGAUGGCGCUGGAGGCGGAGAUCGCCGCGUACCGGUACGCGAGGGGGGCGCGGGGGGCACGGGGGGCGAGGGGCUUAGCCCGGCCCUUCUUUUCCAGGGAGAUGCUGGAGAGCGAGGAGCUCCGCCUGGGCGGCUUGACCCCACCGUGAGCGGAGCCCCGGAGCUCCGGUCCCACCACCGGAGCCCGGCCCUGCCGUUACCACCGGAGCCACGGUCCCGGCACCGGAUCCUCAUCCCCACCACCGGAGCCCGGUUCCUCCGCCGGGCCCCAGACCCCCGAUUCCUGCACCCCGGUUCCCUGGGACCCUCGGGACCUCUCUGGACUCACGGAGCCCCCGGUCCUUGUGUCCCCCCGUUCCACGGGUGCCCCGGACUUGUGCCCGCCUGGCCCGGGAGCCCCGGGAGGGCAGCGCCCGUGGGGUCUCACACUCACCAGCCUCUCCGGGGCGGGGGUCCCGGCCCAGACCCCUGUGGAAGCACCUCAAUAAAGCCCCGUGGCAUCA